GCCGGGUGCUGUCCAGUCUUUCCCGAUACCUUCAAGCGCUGAUUGGUUACUUGGUCGAUCCACAUUUUUGCGCGGCAUGUGUGGUUCCAUCCUGCGUGCAUCGGCGCUUGUGUGACUGCGUAACACGCGCAUCCCAACCACACUAGUCGGCAUAAAGCCCAUUGUUGUGUUCAGAAUCGGUAUUUUUGCCAACAACAGUGUGUUGUCACCCUCAAUUCGGCUGUUUCGUCGUCUGCAUAUCCCAUUUUAAUCUUCUGACCAAGGACCCGACUCAGUUAACGCUUCACAACCACCAUCACAAUGGAGCACAUAAAGAAGAAGAUGCAAGCCAUGAAGUUGGACAAGGAAAACGCAGUUGAUGAGACGUACGGUGUAAUACCCAAAUAUGUGUACACGGUUUGGCUUUUAGAGAAGUCCGACGUUUCGGGAAACCUUCAUAUUUCUUCACCUACUAUGGAGCAUAUCAAGAAAAAGAUGCUGGCAAUGAAGUUGGAUAAGGAAAAUGCAAUCGAUGAGGCUGACCAACUUGAGGCCAAAUUACGCGAGAAGGAGUUGGAAAUGCAAACUAAGGAUGAAGAGAUUGCAGAAGUUCAGAAGAGAAUCCAACAGUUGGAGACUGACAAAGAGAGCGCCCAAACACUGUCAGCCGAAACUAACCAAAAGCUGGAGGAAACGGAAAAACGAGCGACUGAAGCAGAGGCUGAGGUUGCUGCUCUACAAAAACGAAUCCGCCAGCUGGAGGAUGAGCUUGAAUCUACCGAAACCCGACUUUCCGAGGCUACACAGAAAUUAGAAGAAGCCAGCAAAGCGGCGGACGAGAGCGAUCGUGGCCGUAAAGUCUUGGAAAACCGUACGAUUGCUGAUGAGGAACGCAUCAAUCAGUUGGAAGAACAACUAAAAGAGGCCACAUUUAUGGCCGAAGAUGCUGAUCGAAAAUAUGACGAGGCUGCUCGUAAGCUGACCAUCACUGAAGUGGAACUCGAACGGGCCGAAUCUCGCUUGGAGGCUGCGGAAAGCAAAAUCACAGAACUGGAAGAAGAGCUUCGCAUUGUUGGAAACAACGUCAAGUCCCUGGAGAUUUCCGAACAGGAGGCUGCCCAACGUGAGGAAGCCUACGAAGAAAACAUUCGUGAUUUGACCGAGCGCUUGAAAGCUGCUGAAGAUCGUGCUCAGGAAUCCGAGCGAUUGGUGAACACCCUUCAGGCUGACGCCGAUCGCCUCGAAGACGAACUUGUCGCAGAGAAGGAGAAAUACAAAGCACUCAGCGAGGAGCUGGAUUCCACCUACGCCGAGCUUACCGGAAAUUAGACAACAUAGUGCCUUCUUUCAAUCAGCUCCUUGUUCCUUUGAUGAACAUGAAAAAGGCGGAGUCUCUGCCUCUUUUCUGCUAUCUUAUGUAUUUCUCGCUUCAUUUGUCCCUUUGCCAACGUCGUAUCACGCCUUUCAUUGUGCUCCAUUCGUAUGUUGACCGAUUUGCUGCUCUUCUUCGGGUUGAUUUUCCUUUCGUCAUGUGUUUUUUUCUCAUCCAUAUGAGCUGCAAAUUCGUUGUGGUGCACUCAGUAUGAUUGCUGAGUUACAUCAUUCGGAUGGUGUCUUCUAAUGCUCAGCAGACAAACUAUGUUGGUGCUGGUCUUUUGCUCAUCCCAUUCAGUUAGUUCUGUUUCGUCCACGUGCUGCUGAUAGAUCUUGAUCACGACACUUGUGAACAAAAUAAUUCUCCCCUAUACAACACACAAAUAUUGUUCGUCUCGACUUUUCAGGUUCUUUUUGCGCGUCCACUUGUGUGCGAAUCGAUCAGUAGACGAAUGGUGACCGUACGUGUGAUCGAUCUGUGGAUGGG